AAUCGAGGCUGGCUGUAUUACAGUAAGUAGAACCGAAGACCGCGUGAUCAUGGGACCGGGACCGGGACAAGAACAUGAGGAGUAUAGAUUGGGCAUGGACAGUCUUUCCAUGGAACUGGCUGCUAUUUUCGUGGAAGACUCUGACGACGAGAACAAUAAGACUUUCUACGGGUUUUCUGAAGCCGAGCUGAGCGGUUCGGAUUACCAGUCAAGCUCCGACAAUGACAGUGAGGGCCCGGGACGCUUGCAGAAUCAGGAUGAUGGUCCUCCACGCCGCUUCAACCUCAAGGUGGCGCUGCGACUGCCAGCUCGCAGGCUGAAGGAGGAGGAGGAUGAGGAGAAGGAGAACCGCCCUCCUCCUCAUCCCCACGCUCCCGACCCCGUGAUGAGUCACUCCGACUCGGACUCAGACCAGGAGUCCCACCGUGGCUUCCUGGAGAAGAGAGCCAUGAACAUCAAGGCUAACAAAGCCAUGCUUGCUCAGUUGAUGGCAGACCUUCACAAGAUGCCAGGAUUGAUGAUCCCUCCCAAGCCUGCAGCACGGGGCUCUCCCAGCAAGCCGAAGCGAGCCCCACGGUCCUCGAUGGCCGGGCAGGGGGGCGCGAGGAGGAACCCCGAGAGAACGUCCCGCAGACACACCCGCUCCAUGGGCUGCAUGGACAGGACCCCCUCCCCCGACGAGCAGAGCGGUCUGCAGCGCAGCAUUGAGGAUGAGCUGCUGGAGGUGAGGGGGCCCCCCCGGCAGCGUCGUGCCCCCCACCCCAGCACUGCGAUCCCACACGUGAUCCGGGCGGUUGAGGACGUCACUGAGGAGGAGCUGGGGAUGAUCGCAGUCAACGGAGCGGAGAAGACCUACAACCGAGCCACCGGCUCCACGUGUCACCAGUGCCGACAGAAGACCAUUGACACCAAAACGAGCUGCAGGAACCCAGAGUGCCGCGGGGUGCAGGGCCAGUUCUGCGGGCCGUGUCUGCGCAACCGAUACGGGGAGGAGGUCCGGGAUGCACUGCUCAACCCUUCCUGGCAUUGCCCACCGUGCCGAGGGAUCUGUAACUGCAGCUUCUGCCGGCAGAGGGACGGACGCUGCCCCACUGGCAUCCUGUUCCCCCUGGCGCAGUACCACGGAUUCACGGACGUGCAUUCCUAUCUCAUCAGCCUUUGCAACAAAAACAAAACUGAAGAUCUCUAAAUGGGUGAGAAGAACGGAGAUCGUAAAGAAAAGGAUUGUUGGACGCUGGAUAUAGCCCGCGAGAGUUUAAAUAAUAAUUAAAUUAUGUAAGAAAC